UUUCUCUCUCCCCCCUCCAGUUGAAGUUAUCCAAUCUAUGGAUGUAAGUAGAGGCAAUGGAUAUAAACUGAAUGCACUAUGCAAAUUCUGUGAUGUUAAGGUGACCACCUGCUCAAACAAAGGUCAAUGCAAUAGCAACUGCAACAUCACUGCCAUCUGUGAAAAUGACAGUGAAGUCUGCGCGGCUGUAUGGAGACAGAAUGAUGAAAAUAUAACUUUAGAAACAAUAUGCCAUGAUCCCAAAAAGCCACUCUAUGGCUAUCAUUUAGAAGACUACAACUCAAAAAAAUGUUCAAUGAGAGAAAAGAAAGCAGAAGGAGGAUUGAUGUAUAUGUGCUCCUGCAAAGAUGAAGAAUGCAAUGAUGUGCCCAUUUUUUCAGAUGAUACCCAACCAAGUCCUGAAAUCCUAGAUGAGAUUACUAAAGUCACAGUUAUAAGUCUUGUCCCAUUACUUGUGAUCACCAUUGCUGUGGUCGGUAUCUUUUAUUGCUACCGGAGCCACCGAAGAAGGAAGCUCAACAAAGCAUGGGAGAAGAAUGUUAAGCCCAGGAAACACAAGGACUGCAGUGAUGUUUGUGCCAUUAUGUUAGAUGAUGACCGCUCAGACAUCAGCUCAACUUGUGCCAACAACAUUAACCACAACACUGAGCUACUGCCUAUCGAGCUAGACACUCUUGUAGGAAAAGGCAGGUUUGCUGAAGUGUAUAAGGCCAAACUGAAGCAAAACACAUCUGAGCAGUAUGAAACAGUGGCUGUCAAGAUCUUCCCUUACGAAGAAUAUGCUUCUUGGAAGACUGAAAAGGAUAUAUUUUCAGAUGUAAACCUAAAGCAUGAGAACAUUCUUCAGUUCCUGACAGCAGAGGAGCGUAAGACAGAGAUAGGAAAACAGUAUUGGUUGAUUACUGCCUUCCAUGCCAGAGGAAACUUGCAGGAGUACCUUACACGCCACAUCAUCAGCUGGGAGGACCUGUGGAAGCUUGGUGGGUCUUUGGCGCGAGGGAUUGCCCACCUCCACAGCGACCAUACACCCUGUGGUCGACCCAAAACACCCAUUGUGCACAGAGACCUGAAGAGCUCCAAUAUCCUAGUGAAAAAUGACCUAACCUGCUGUCUGUGUGACUUUGGGUUAUCCCUGAGGCUUGAUCCUUCGCUGUCUGUGGAUGACUUGGCUAACAGUGGACAGGUUGGCACAGCAAGAUACAUGGCUCCUGAAGUCCUGGAAUCCAGAAUGAACCUAGAGAACGUGGAAUCCUUCAAGCAAACUGAUGUGUACUCUAUGGCUUUGGUCCUGUGGGAGAUGACAUCUCGUUGCAAUGGUGUUGGAGAAGUGAAAGAGUACGAACCCCCAUUUGGAUCGAAAGUGCGAGAACACCCAUGUGUUGAGAGCAUGAAAGACAACGUCCUGAGAGAUAGAGGGCGGCCAGAGAUCCCCAGCUCCUGGCUCAACCAUCAGGGUAUCCAGAUGGUGUGCGAGACUCUCAUUGAAUGUUGGGAUCAUGAUCCUGAGGCCCGCCUCACUGCACAGUGUGUUGCUGAGCGCUUCAGUGAGCUCAGGCACCUUGACAAACUCACAAGGAGAAGCUGUUCAGAGGAGAAGAUCCCAGAAGACUGCUCUGUGACCUCCACCAAGUAGCAAGUUGCUCAGGGUUGUGGAUGGGAGAGAAUUGCUCCUGAACUCACAUAUCUUGGCAAAGGAAGAGGUCUUGAACAGUUCCCUGACUUGCUUCCUGUAGUAUUGAGGAUCUCACCACUCCCUUUACACUAAAGCUUCACAGAGGGACAAGAGUUUGUGGGAAGUAAAAGCCAGGGAGUUG